AUGAAGCUGGUGGUUCAAGUAAUGGGGGCUCGAGAUCUGCCAGCAAUGGAUCUAAACGGGUUAAGUGAUCCGUAUGUGAAGGUGCAGCUCGGAAAGCAGAAGUUCAGGACCAAAGUGGUGAAGAAGACCUUAAACCCAUAUUGGGGAGAAGAGUUUGCCCUGAGGGUUGAGGACCUCAAUGAGGAGCUACUCAUCUCUGUUUUGGAUGAAGACAAGUACUUUAACGAUGACUUUGUUGGGUGUGUCAAGCUCCCUGUUUCCCAAGUCUUCGAUGCCCGCAAUAAGUCCCUUGAAACUGCUUGGUACCCUCUCCAACCCAAGAGUAAAAAGUCCAAGAACAAAGAUUGUGGAGAGAUUCUUUUGACGAUACAUUUUUCUGUAAACAAUUCAUUUGCGGACUCAGCUUCUGAUGGUGGUGACAUAGGAUUUGAAUCACCUUCAAGGUCUUUCAGUGGUCCAUCUGAAUCAGCUUCUCCUGUGAGAGCGAGACAAGAAGAAACCGCAACCUUUAAGGAAGAGAAGCUUUGUACGCAGAAGACCCUUGCUGGUCGAAUAGCUCAGAUGUUCAAUAAAAAUCCUGAUACAGUUUCAGCUUCCUCUAGCAGAGUUGACUUGACCGAUCUUGCUGAAACUGCUAAGUCCGAGGUUUAUGAGAGCAGUUCUGAGGAUCAGUCCUCUUCUGCUACAUUUGAGGAACUAAUGAGAACAAUGCAGUCACGAGAUCAAGUGAGUGAAACCCCAAGCAACUUACCAGGAGGAGUGCUUCUAGAUCAAUUGUAUGUCACUCCACCCCAAGACAUAAACACUUUCCUAUUUUCACCAGAUUCAGGUUUUCCAAAAUCACUCGCAGAAGUGCAUGGAACUACAGAAUUGGAAGUAGGACCGUGGAAAUUAGAUAACAGCAGCGAGAGCGUAAAACGAGUAGUUACAUAUGUUAAGGCAGCAACUAAGUUGAUAAAGGCUUGCAAAGGAACUGAGGACCAAGUGUAUCUCAAAGCUGACGGGAAGGUUUUCGCAGUUCUAUCAAGUGUAAGCACUCCUGAUGUUCCGUAUGGGCGCACUUUUAGGACAGAAUUGCUCUACUGCAUUACACCUGGGCCUGAGCUGCCAUCAGGAGAACAAUCUUCACGUUUGGUAAUAUCUUGGCGGAUGAAUUUUCUGCAGAGCACCAUGAUGAAAGGAAUGAUAGAAAAUGGAGCCCGACAAGGUUUAAAGGACAGUUUUGACCAGUUUGCUACUUUAUUGUCCCAGAAUGUUAAGCCAGUUGAUUCAAAGGAUCUUGGGUCCAAUAAGGACCAGGUUCUGGCAUCACUGCAAGCUGAACCCCAGUCUGAUUGGAAGCUGGCAGUGCAAUAUUUUGGCAAUUUCACUGUGGUCUCCACUGUAUUUAUUGGGUUGUAUAUGCUUGUACAUAUUUGGCUUGCCACACCCAGCACUAUUCAAGGGCUGGAGUUUGUUGGGCUUGACUUGCCAGAUUCAAUUGGUGAAUUCAUUGUCUGUGGUGUCUUGGUUCUUCAAGGAGAAAGGGUGCUGGGGUUGAUCUCACGCUUCAUGCAGGCCAGAGCGCAAAAAGGCAGUGAUCAUGGAGUCAAAGCCCAAGGAGAUGGUUGGCUGCUAACUGUUGCCUUGAUCGAAGGAAGUAACAUAGCAGCUGUUGAUUCAAGUGGGUUCUCUGAUCCGUAUGUGGUGUUUACUUGCAAUGGGAAAACUAGAACCAGCUCAAUCAAGUUCCAGAAAUGCGAUCCCACAUGGAAUGAAAUAUUUGAGUUUGAUGCAAUGGAUGAACCUCCUUCUGUGCUGGAUGUGGAAAUCUAUGAUUUUGAUGGACCUUUUGAUGAAGCUAUCUCUCUGGGCCAUGCUGAAAUCAAUUUUGUAAAAACUAAUAUUUCAGAUUUAGCUGAUCUGUGGGUUCCUCUUCGUGGAAAGUUAGCUCAGGCAUGCCAGUCAAAACUCCAUCUGAGAAUUUUCUUAAAUAACACAAGAGGUGGCAAUGUUGCAAAUCACUUUUUAACAAAGAUGGAGAAGGAAGUGGGCAAGAAGAUAACUGUGCGGUCUCCUCAAACAAAUUCAGCCUUUCAAAAACUGUUUGGGCUUCCACCGGAGGAAUUUCUCAUCAACGACUUUACCUGUCACUUGAAACGAAAAAUGCCUCUGCAGGGCCGCCUAUUUCUUUCUGCAAGAAUAAUUGGAUUCCAUGCAAAUUUAUUUGGUCACAAGACAAAGUUUUUUUUCCUCUGGGAGGAUAUAGAAGAGAUUCAAGUUGUUCCUCCUUCUCUGUCAUCUAUGGGAAGUCCAAUUGUAGUCAUGACUCUGCGGCCGGGUAGAGGUAUGGAUGCAAGGCAUGGUGCAAAGACACAAGAUGGGGAAGGCAGGCUGAAGUUCCAUUUCCAGUCCUUUGUGUCUUUCAAUGUAGCGCACAGGACAAUCAUGGCUCUUUGGAAGGCUAGAUCUUUGAGUCCUGAGCAGAAGGUGCAAAUAGUUGAAGAAGAAUCUGAAGUCAAGAUCCAAAGUGAAGAGAGUGGGUCUUUCUUAGGCCUUGAUGAUGUCAGCAUGUCCGAGGUUUAUUCUUCUGCUCAUUCAGUUCCUACAAAUUUCUUCGUGGAGCUAUUUGGUGGAGGUGAAUUGGACCGUAGAGUUAUGGAGAAAGCUGGUUGUCUUAACUAUUCUUAUACCCCAUGGGAAUCAGAGAAGGGUGAUGUGUGUGUGAGGCAGAUAUAUUACAGAUUUGAUAAACGUGUUUCCCAGUAUAGAGGAGAGGUGACUAGUACUCAGCAAAAGUCCCACCUUUCUGAUAGAAAUGGUUGGCUUGUUCAAGAGGUCUCGACCCUCCAUGCAGUUCCGCUUGGUGACUAUUUCAAUCUUCACAUUCGAUACCAAAUCGAGGAUUUGCCCUCAAACUCAAAGGGAUGCCAGGUGAAAGUAUACUUUGGGGUUGAGUGGCUCAAAGGCACUCGGCAUCAGAAAAGAAUUACGAAAAAUGUACUAAAGAAUCUGCAAGAUCGCCUGAAAGACACCUUCAGUGUAGUUGAGACGGAAUUCACAAGAUAG